AUGGGCGACUUGCCCAUGAUAAAGUGCUCCGACUGCGGGAGCAAUGUAGAUAUCCUUGCGAUGGGAGACCAUGUCUGCGCCAAAUCUCCAACGGGUACAUCGCCGUCUCCUCCCCCGCCUCCUCCCAAGUCGGGGUUUCGGAGACCAACACUGGGAGCAGAGGAUGCAUGGCCUGACAAAAACGGGCGAGCAGGGCCGCCGUCACAUAUUGAUCCUUUCAGAGCUAACCAGCCUUUUCUCCAACCUAAUGGCGGACAAGGCGGCAAUAAUACACUUUUCCCAUCUCCUCUUUCGCCUUCACCAGGGUCGCGGUCACCGCUGCGCACUUCGCCACUCCCUCAACCCCCUAGUCCAGCAAGCAGCAACGGCGGGAGUUUCCCUAGUUUCCCCUUGCCUCGAUCAAUGUCCGGGCGGCGGGUUAACGGGAUGACGUUGAAGGAUACCAUUUCUGCACCAUUAGAGACUUCUCCUGCAUAUGCAGAUGCAAUGUACAGGGAUGCUGAUCAGCCUCCCCAUAGUGCACAUUUGCCAUUCAAGGACCAACCACCACCACCAUUACCGAAGGAUAACGCAUAUUCCCAUCAACACAGCUUUUCAAUUGAGAGUAAAAGCAGUUAUAGAACAUCUCUGGCGAGCACUCGAUACGGCGAUCGAAACUCGAAAAGAUCAACGGCAAUCUCAAGCCGGUCGUUUGGAAGUGUGGCGUUGGCUGGGUAUAGAUAUGAGGAAGAUAUACCUCCUAUUCCGCAGUCUACUCCAAACCCGUUCCACCAGUCAGUUUUCUCGGAUUCGUCGAUGUCGGACACGUCCUUCAGACGGGAAGGCAAAAACGACGUUCACAGUGGUUUCGAUUUUGGACAAGGGUAUCUCGACAAACCCGCAGCGAGUCCUUUACGCGCAUCAUCAAAUGCGGACUCGGAACGAUUUAGCGGUUCUCGUGGAUCCGGCGACCUAUUUUAUCACAGCCCCGCGGAGAGUACCUAUGGGCCUCCAGUGGAUUUAGCUAAUGAGGCGGAACGAUCAGUAUCACCAACGGGAUCUAACAAAACCGACUACAAGGUUUUCAAGCCCUCAGCGUCGGACUAUUUACAACCAACGCUGCCAGAACAGAAUGAACAACAGGACAUUCCUAGGAAGAAAUCGGAUGCUAGUAGCGAAAGUGCCAUCUCAGUGUCCAAUUUUGCUCGUGCCCUUGGUCUUGAUAUAUCUGAAGAUCCUGUGGAGGAUUCAACGGCGUCUUCUGAUUCUUCACCGUCAGAGACUAGAAGCGGCACCUCGUUAUCUAGUGUUCAAUCGGACGUGAGUUCGUCCAGGCGAAAACCCUCCGAUCUGAGCCCUCUUGGCCCAGUCGUUGAAGAGCCCUUGAAAGAAUCACCCGAGAGAUCAGAACAUUUCCUGGAUGAAGCCCAUCACACGGAAAGUCCCAUGACUCUCGAACCCCCUCGUAUACCAGAGGCUUUCCAGAGCCCCGACUCUCCAACAGACCCAACCCUUGGAAAGGGUGGGCUAUCUCUUAUUCCGGAAGUGCCUAAUGACUCCGAAGAUAGGGACGAGGUCAAACCACUAGCACGAUCCGAAACACAAUCUUCCCGUCCCCAGGGAGGAAAGCCAAGAGGACCUUGUCGAGGCUGCGGCGAGGUAAUUCUGGGCAAGUCCAUCUCGUCGGCCGAUGGCCGUCUCACAGGCCGCUAUCACCGUGGAUGCUUCGUCUGCUUCCAGUGCGGCUCCGCAUUCACAACGAGCGACUUCUAUGUCCUCCGCGAUCGCCCUUACUGCGCGCAACAUUACCACGAAAACAACGGCUCCCUCUGCGCCGGCUGUCGCUCCGGAAUCGAAGGCGAAUAUCUCGAAACAAACGAACGCACCGGGCCUAACCCCGGUGACCGACAGAAGUUCCACCUCGACUGCCUGCGCUGCCGCACAUGCAACGUCGAUCUCCACGGCGAAUACUUCGAAUGGAACGGCUUCGUCUACUGCGAGCGCGACGCCCGCCGCGCCGCCGCCUCAGUCUCCCCGAAUCGCUUCCGCAGUCCAACCAUGCCCUCCUCCCCUCUCGCUCCUCCCGGCAUGAUGCCUCCUCCAGGCCGCGGACGACCCCCUCCCCCAGGCUACCCCGGCCGUGGCCGUGGCCGUCCCCGCCCACCACCAGGCUCAUUCGGCGGCUACGGACCCGGCCCCAUGCCAGGACGAGGACCAUACCCACGCCCUCCACCUUCUCCAGGCCCCAACCCUAGCCACCUCGGCCCACCACCAGGCCCGCGCCGCUUCCCUGAGCGUCGAACAACCAAAUUGAUGAUGAUAUGA